AUGUCUCAGGCUGCGGUAGAGGACGCAUCCCCGGGCCAACCUCCGGAAUCGUCACUGGCAGUGGCGACGUCUGAGGCUGCUCGUCAGAGGCAGAAAAUUGCUGCCUUAGAGGAAAAGCUACAGGUGCUGGAGUCGGGGCAUGCAGUCAAACAAAGGGAGAUCAACUACUACAUGUCGAAAGGAAGGGCUAUCAGACGCAUCGUCACGUUAUUUGACAGCAUUGAAGACUUAAUAGGCGAAAACGAUAGGAGGUGCGAUUUGGACAGCGAGGACGAAAAUGUAACUCUCGAGAACGUUUGCAAACCUGGUUUCAUCUCCCUCACCCACGCUCUCCCGUGGCUUCACUCCAGGGCUUCAGACUUGGAGUACGAUGAGUACUCGCACAUGCUUAAAAAGGUAUUCUUUACCCGCACAAACCAUUUACCUUCUGCUGAGUCGUUGUUUAGCUUAGGCAGGGGGCCGAUAGUGGUCGAGGGGAUGACACCUCAAAGCUCAAGAGCCUGGUCGCCGAUUGGGUCAAUCAGCGAAUUUAAGCCCAACCCCCCGGUCAAUCCCGACGACAAAUACUGCCGUGGAUUCGUCAACGACUCGUGUGGCAGACUUCUUUGCCCGACUGAGCUGGAUUGGAACAACCCAACCGUCAGAACAGGAAUUAGGGAUCGCGCAGACGGUUAUGUUGUGACAGAAAUGUCCUGGCCAGCAUUCCUGUAUGAACAAUACACGGCAGAUCAAAAUGAUCUGGAGAAGGGCCUAUUCAAAAGCACUCUUUUGCUUCAGGCCUUCAAAGCCAUAUUCACAUCACCCUCUUCCGCACGGGAGGUCGCCGGUGAUGGUGACGCUGACAAUGUGAUCCAGGCCAACCGACGCGCUAAUAAGGAUUCACAUUUUGGAAAGAAAGUCAAGACACACGUGGCGCAAAUCAUCAAGAUGCAUACAGUCACACCCCGUUCGAUCGCUUAUGUAUCAUGUCAGUUGCGAUUCGCUCUGUCCUCUGUGAACUCAUGGCGCUCGAUUGACGGCGACUUCGACUACAUACCAUUUUGGCAGAACAUCGUAGACUUCUUCGAAAGGCCCCCUGGUCGAACAGCGCAGCAAAACGUCAAGCGACUCCUGGCAUGGUGGACGAGGAAAGUCUUCGGAACAAGUCGCCGUGCAGAGCUCAGCGAUGGCCGAAGGCCAGAAUGUCAGUAA